GGGAAACUCUCCGUCGAUGCCUCUGAUCUGCAUGCUCCGCCUUGGCGAAAGGAAACAUCUGUCCAGUUGCUUCCUGAGAGAAGCCUUGGCCAGGUCUGAGCGUCGUCGCUAACUUCUCCUUCUCCCUCUUCCUCUUCCUCUUUUUGUGUGUGUGUGUGUGUGAUCUCCACCUGCCCCCCUCCCAUCCCUGGCAAGCCCCCACCCCCACCCCAUCCUCGCCCUUUCAUCAUCUCCACAAAUCCGUUUUCCCCAAGGGAGCCAGCCUGCCCCCUUUGCGCCUGGCAGCGGCACUGGGCUCCUGGAGCUUUCGGGUCUUGUGGCGUCUUCGAGACCAACUAGACUCUGCGGCUGGGGGCUGUUGGGCUGCUUCCACCUCCGACGCAAUGUCUGCCCGGGAGAGUGUGCAGAUCCCGGACGAUCGAGAUUUUGACCACUUCCGAACGGAGUGCAACUCGGAGGAUGGCUGGAGCCUCACCUACAACAGAUCUGGGAUCGUUGUGUGGGUCCAGAUGCUUGAGGCGGAGAAGUCGCUGCACAAAAUCAAGGAUGGACUGCAAGGACGUCUCGGCAGAGACCCUCUACGACGUGUUACACGAUAUCGAAUACAGGAAAAAAUGGGACACAAAUGUCAUCGAGACCUUUGACAUUGGCAAACUGACGGUCAACGCCGACGUGGGCUACUACUCCUGGAAGUGCCCCAAACCCCUCAAGAACCGGGACGUCAUCACGCUGCGUUCGUGGCUUCCCAUGGGCAGUGACUACAUCAUCAUGAACUACUCCGUCAAGCAUCCGAAAUACCCUCCAAGGAAAGACAUGGUGAGAGCGGUCUCCAUCCAAACCGGCUACCUGGUCCAGGGGAAAGGAGCUAAGAACUGCACCCUCACCUACCUAGCUCAGGUGGACCCCAAAGGUUCUUUGCCAAAGUGGGUGGUGAACAAGUCCUCACAGUUCCUGGCCCCAAAGGCCAUGAAGAAGAUGUACAAGGCUUGCGUAAAAUACCCGGACUGGAAGCUGAAGCACAACGCCCAGCUCAAGCCCUGGCUGUACCCGGAGCAGAACAGCCUGCCCCCCGUGGCUCUCUCGGACCUGGCCAUCCAGCACGCCGACUCCCUGGAGAACAUUGACGAAAGCACCCUCUCCGAGACCAAAGACGACCGGGGCGAGGCCAGCGACGAGGACAGUGUCAACUGAUGUGGGCCCUGGCGCCCGCACCCCUCGACCGUGUCUCCAGUACAUCUCCCCACCUGGGCUUUUUGUCUGUGUAACCAAUGCUGUUUGUGUUUAAAAAAGAAAAGAAAAAAGAUGCACCCCCC